UUCACAAACGCUGAGCAGCUCACAGCAUUUCUGUUCUAAGAUCAGCCUUCUGAGCCCCUCACUGCCUGCCAAAUUGCCAGGCCUAUUAGAGUGCGAUUACAUUGCUUGGCUCUGAGCAUUAGAUAAUCCUGCCCAGCUGGGCUUGCUCUGGACCCGGGAUGGCUCCACACAUCAGCUGCUUCUUUUUAGUGGCAUUCUUUUCAGCUGGCUGUCAAGUCAUCACCUCCUCAGAUCAGAGGUGCAUUGAGAAAGAAGCCAACAAAACAUACAACUGUGAAAAUUUAGGUCUCAGUGAAAUUCCUGGCACUGUACCAAACUCAACAGAAUGUUUGGAGUUCAGCUUUAAUUUCCUGCCUACAAUUCAAAAUACAACCUUCAGCAGACUCAUGAAUCUCUCCUUUCUGGAUUUAACCAGGUGCCAGAUUUACUGGAUACACGAAGAUACUUUCCAAAGUCAACAUCAUUUAGACACACUCGUGUUAACUGCAAAUCCCCUGAUAUUUAUGGCAGAAACAGCACUUAAUGGUCCUCAGGCACUGAAGCACCUGUUCCUCAUCCAAACGGGAAUAUCCAGUCUCGAGUUCAUCCCAGCGCACAAUCUGAAAAGCUUGGAAAGUCUAUAUGUUGGAAGCAACCACAUUUCCUCCAUUAAGCUCCCCAAAGACUUCCCAACAGAGAAGCUGAAGGUCCUGGAUUUUCAGAACAAUGCUAUUCAUUACCUGUCUAAAGAAGAUGUGGGCUCUCUACAGCAAGCCACUGGUUUGAGCCUUAACUUAAAUGCAAAUCUCAUUACAGGGAUGGAGCCUGGGGCUUUUAGGUCAACUGUCUUCCAAAGUUUGAACUUUGGAGGGACUCUCGACUUGCUCAUUAUAUUCAGGGGUUUACAAAACUCCACUAUCCAGUCUCUGUGGCUGGGGACAUUCGAGGACAUUGAUGAUGGUAAAGAACUUAGUGAUUCCAUGCUUGAGGCUCUCUGCGAAGUGUCUGUUGAGAGCAUCAACCUGCAGAAGCAUCACUUCCUCAACAUCUCCCCCAACACAUUCCACUGCUUCACCAGCCUCCAGGAACUGGACCUUACCGCCACUCACCUGAAAGAAUUACCUACUGGGAUCGUGGGCCUAAGCAAACUCAAGAAAUUAGUUCUCAGUGCAAAUAAGUUUGAAAAUCUGUGCCAAAUCAGUGCUGGCAGUUUCCCCUCCCUUACGCAUCUUUACAUCAAAGGCAACGUGAAGAGGCUUGAGCUUGGUACUGGCUGUUUAGAAAACCUAGAAAAUCUCCACGAGCUUGAUCUAAGCCAUGAUGACAUCGAAACUCCCGAUUGCUGCAACCUGCAACUCAGAAACCUGUCUCACUUACAAAGCCUGAACUUGAGCUACAAUGAACCCCUGGGCCUCAGGACUGAGGCCUUCAAAGAAUGCCCUCAGCUAGAACUCCUGGAUCUGUCCUUUACCCGAUUACAUGUUAACGCAGCACAAAGUCCUUUCCAGAACCUCUAUCUUCUGAAGGUUCUAAAUCUCUCCCACUGCCUCCUUGACACCAGCAACCAGCAUCUCCUUGAUGGCCUUCCAGCACUUCAGCAUCUGAACUUACAGGGAAAUCCGUUUCCAAAUGGGAAUAUUCAAAAGAGCAACCCACUUCAGACACUGGGGAGCCUAGAGAACCUGACUUUAUCACACUGUGAUCUCUCCUCCAUAGAUGAGCAAGCCUUCAUCAGUCUUAAGAUAAUGAAGCAUGUGGACCUGAGUCACAACAGGCUGACAUCCAGUAGCAUUGAGGCCCUUGGUCAUCUGAAGGGGCUCUACCUCAAUCUAGCCUUCAAUCAGAUUAGCAUCAUCCCAUCUGGCCUCCUCCCCAUCCUGUCCCAGCAAAGUAUCAUUAACUUAAGACAAAAUCUCCUUGACUGCACUUGCUCAAACAUUUAUUUUUUAGAAUGGUACAAAGAAAAUGUGCAAAAACUUGAGGACAUAGAGGACACUCUUUGCGAAAGUCCCCCAGCGCUGAGGGGAGUCAGGCUGUCUGAUGUCACAUUGUCCUGUGGUAUCACAGCUGUGGGCAUUUUCUUUCUCAUUGUGUUCUUGCUCUUGUUCGCUGUCUUGCUGAUUUUUGCAGUGAAGAAAUUUCUUAGGUGGAAAUACCAACAUAUUUAGCUCAAGGUUUCCAGAGAAGGCAGAUAAAUAUGUUUAGCAAAGUUGGCCCAAGUGAAGAAACUACCAUCCUCAGGUGAGCAGACUUUUUUUUUAUUCUUUCCUAGUCCUGGGCUGGGGUUCACUGAGCCUAAACAUAUGUCUUAUUCAUGUGAGUCUCCCAUAGUGCUGGGACUGGAGGCCCUGAUCCUGCUAUGAGACUCACAGCCACUUCCUCCAGUGAGAAGUGAUCCACUGAAUGCGAUAUAGUAACCCCACCCAUUUCAGAAGAAAAGAGCACACACACACAACCUCCGACCAUCCGGCUAUGUGCAGGAGGAGGGAGGGCCAGCCCUGUCCCUCCACUCCCUUUCUCUCACACAUCUGCCAUUUUGCUCUAGGCUGAGCUCUCUGUAAUUGAGCCAUUUGGGAAAGUUAGGCCUCAGCAAAGUCUCAAUGCUCAUUUUAAAUGACAAAAGGUUUAAAAAAAACAACAAUAAAUUUAAAAGAAAAGACAAAGUAAUAAAUUCUGCUCUCAACUAGAUUCUAUUAGUCACCUCAAUUAUUUGCUUUCUAAGGUUUUUUGAGAAGCUCCUAGGGCUCCAACAGUACAAAACUUUUAAAGCCUCAUCCCACCUAUUCCUGAAGGUUAGGAUUUCAUUCAUUUCACAACAUGGAGGCUCCCCUUCCCCUGUCUGAUAUUCUGGCUCUUGGGUUGCAGACUUAGAGGUGGGCUGUGGUCCAAACUGCUCUUUUUAUCAUCCAUGUUUCUGGCCUUUGGACCUCUUUCCCACAGGAACAGGGAGAUGAAUCCUGGUUCCCAGGCUGGCUUUUCAAAGCCUAUCAAUCCCCUUGGAGACUAUUGAAGAACACUUUCACAGUGGAACCUUGUGGAUUUAUGUGUCCUGGCACUCUAGCUGUUGGGAACAUGAUAAGGCCAGGUUAGUGAGAAGAGGUUUCUGCUCAGUCCAAGGGUGUUCCCAAAGGUUGCAGCAGUGACAGACAGCAUGGGGGUCACUGAAUGCACAUAGACACAGAGGAGAAGAUAAUUGACAAUGUCACAACUUAACCCCUCCCAAGACUCAGAAUCCUUCUGAUGUAGGCUAGAUAUUUUGAAGUCUGAAUUGCUGGUUGAAACUCAGUUACUGUAAUGUUUACAGUUACUGUUCUCUGAAUCUAGGAAUUUAAACAACAAUGAUAUUUGAAAAAGAUUGCACAAUACUACAUAUAUGUAUAGUUUUUAUUUCAUCUUUCCCUGAACAACAUAACUAUUACACAGCAUAUAAACCGUGUUGGGUACUGUUAGUCAUUGAAAGACAAGAAGAAUAUAGAAAGAUUGUGUGUGCUGUAUAAAAAUACUAUUCUAUUUUAUUUUUUAUAUAAAGGACUUGGACAUUUGAGGAUUUUGAUAUCUGGACCUAAUUUCCCCAUGAAAACCAAAGGGCAGUUACAUAAAGGCCUUGAUUAAAUGUCAUAACUAAUUUUAGAUUAGGUAUGUUCACUGAUGAUGAAAUGCUUGUCAAAUAUCAAAGAAUGACCAAUGGUAACAUCUAACCAGAAUGAUAAGAGCAGCCAUGUUUGCUCUUCGCUGCUGGGGAAGCUGCUUAGGCAGGAGGCAGCUGGGACGAACCUCUUUGCUACUUGGGGACUUCAGCUUUUCCCGCUUGGUCAGUCCUGCUUCUGGAAGCCCCUGCAGUCAGUCCUCACAUCCCUGAGAUUUGCAGACAUGGCUUUCUCUCCUGAGAGUGGCUUUUCCCCGUAUAGUCAGUCUAAACCCAUGGUGAAUGAUGCUACAGCCAGUGAACACUAUGGCUCCUUUAUUGUCCUUGUGGCUCUUUGAUACCCAGAAUCAUGACUUGGGCAUGAUGAGGGUACAGGGUGUGUGCUCAUGCUCACACAUGAGUGCACAUGUCACGACUGCAGAUGUUGAUGUCAUGUGAGUGUUUCACCAUCCUACUAUUUUGAGACAGGACCCUUCACUGAAUAUGGAACUCACCCAAACCCCAGGGUCUGCCCAUCUUCAUGCCCUGAGGCCACCCCAGCUCUGGGGUUAUAAGUGAGCACUGCUCUGCCUGUCUUUUCACAUGGGUCCUUAGGGAGCUGAACUCAGUCUGCAGAAAGCACUUUUGCUCACUGAGCCCCAAGCCACCCCAGUUGGGUGCCAACUGUUGGUGUUCUGGGUUACUUGGGAAGACUGAUGAAAGGAAGAGAGCUACUGGAGGAUAGACCUAGGCUUCUCAGCAGCAUGGAGACCAGCCUCUAAAGGACUAAAUACUGAUUGCUUUCUAGAAGCUCUUUUUGUGCUUACGCCAAAGCCACUUUUAGCAAGUCCAUUUCUGCACACCAACACAUCUCUGAAAUGAGGGUUGUCUUGAAAGACUCCUCACCUAAGACAUUCUCAGCCACAGGAGACUUCCUGGUCCACCAGGCCUCUCUCCAGACUAAGAGAUGCAAAGACUCCUGAGAAUCCUUCAAAAGAAGAACCCCCAUACAAUCUCAGAUAUUGAUCGCUGACAGAAGGCUACUUCAAAGCUAAGGAGCCAUCACUCUUGAUUCAUGCCAGAUAUAAUGGUUCUGCUAAAAUCUGCUACACCCCAGCCCCUCAUGUUUUACGUUUCAAAUGAUUGCUGAGAUUUUACAAGCAUCUGAUCCCUGAGCCCUUAUCUGAGCUUACUACUGUCACCAUUAGCUCUGGUCAACAUCUCCAUUAUUUCCUGCACUGCCCCUCCCAUUUAUUUCUCACCAGCAAUGCCCAGAGCACUGUUAAUCAUGGAUUUCUAUGCCAAGCCUGCAGUAAUUGGGAUAUUGAGAUGAAGUCAACUCUGGAUUCCUAGUGAAUGACUAUGUCCCUGUCACAUCCCACCCCUACUCUUCAUGUUUUCCUCCUACUUCUCCCAUCUCAUUUCAAAGUAUAGAUGGAUCCCACAUUCACAAUGCUGUCUUGGAAAACACCAAUCCAUUGGGUUCCCUGUCUAUUCUGUCAGAUGUCAGCUGAUUCCUGCCUUAGGGAUAGAAACUGAAGAUGAAAGAUGCUAAUUGUGAUCCGCCACUCUAUAAGUGGUGGUUUGAAAGAAAAAUGGCCCCAGUGGGCUCAAACGCAGUGUGACGUUAUUGGGAGCUGUGACCCGGUGGGAGUAGGUGUGGUUUUGUUGGAGGAGGUGUGUCACUGGGGAGUGGGCUUUGAGGUCUCCAAAACCCAGUUCAUUACCUGCUGCCUGCUAACUCAGGUAAUGUAGAACCCUCUGCUCCUUCUCCAGCGCCACAUUUUCCUGUGCAUUUCCGUGGUCCCACCGGGGUGAUAAUAGACUAGACUAGACCUCUGGAACUGGAAGCCAGCCCCGGUUAGAUGUUUCCCUUUUUAAGAGUUGCUGUGGUCAUGGUGUCUCUUCACAGCAAUAAAACUCUAACUAAGACACCAUUUUGCUUAAUACUUAACUUAUAACUCGGAAAAACCAACAUAUUCUGUAAAAAAAAAUAAAAAUAAAAAUAAAAAUCUCUGGUACAGAUGCAUUCAAGUUAAGGCCCCAAACUCUGAAGCUUUGGCAAGCCCUAACUGCCCAUCUUGCUUUCAUCUGCCAGGCCUGCCCAUUUCCUACCCUGUGACUUGCUGUUUCAAAGCACCACACUGAUCUAAGGCUCACUGACAGCUCCUCUGUAUUAAGCAACAGUAAAUUCAGCCCACAAAGCCAGGAAGGGGGCUAUUUGAUGGCUGCUGUCAAUUUUAUUGCUUUAUCUGGUUACUAGGAUAGGAUCUGCAGACAUCACGCAUUUAUUGGUUUUAUGUAUUGCAUGUUGUUGCCGCUCUGACAAGCUACGCCUAUAAAAAUGUGUUGUUAUUGCAUGAUGUAGCCCAGUGAGCUGACCCGGCAUUUCAAAGUGUACUGAAGCAAAUAGCAUCGAAGUCCAUAAAAGAUGACUGGCCUCCAUCACAAAAGGACUCUCUGCGUGAGCUGCAGCUCCUAUAAUCCAGGAAAGAAUUACACCCUUCCGUGUAGCAGCAGCCAUUGCUUUUAACUGAGCACAGCACACUCCCAAACACAGGCAUUAUCUGAAAAAUUCUGAGACAAGAUGCUUUAUAUCACUCUGAUUUGUCCAACUCUUUGAGAAGAUGCACGUGCAAUUUUGAAGUUUACAGAAGUAUGAAAUGACUGACUUGAUGGUGUGGUAUUAGGAGAGCAUGUGAGUGGAGUUACCAACAGGGUUGCAGGUGCAGAAGAGGCGCCUGAAUUACAGCACUGGAAAGUGGUUAUGUCUAAGCUGGGGGCGGGGCAGCUGCUGGAUGUGUUAAGAGUGUGACUGUCUAGCACAGUGGAAGAUAGCCCGUGGCACAGAGGAAAAAGCUAGUCCGCUCCAGCUCCCAAGGCUAGUUGAACACCAGAGUCACCUGGAGAAUUCUUGACAAAACAGAAGGAAGUCUUCAACCUACCUUGGGACAUCCCCCCCCCCCACACACACACCAAGUGAUUUAUAUAAAAUCAUUUCUAAUCUUCAUUUUAGCAACGAACAGCAGAAGCAUUUUAGGCUCCCUGAUUCAAAUAAACUAGUGCCUGUCUUCAUA